AUGACCAGCAGCGGCAGCAGCGGGGGCAGGGGCAACGGAGACGGUUCCGCCUCGUCAGAGAGUGAAUAUGACGAUGGCGUCGUCACGCCGCUGUCCGAGAGUGAUGAUGACGAUGACGACGGUUUUAGCGUCGUCAUGCCGCUGUCCGAAGACGAUGACAAGGCACAAGACAGCGAUGACGACGAUUUCCGUGUCUCCGCUGACGACGAUUCCAACGAAUACAACGACGACAACGAUGAUAUCGAGAAAGACUCCGACGAUUACGGCAAUGACGAUGGUUUUAGCGUCGUCAUGCCGCUGUCCGAAGACGAUGACAAGGCACAAGACAGCGAUGACGACGAUUUCCGUGUCUCCGCUGACGACGAUUCCAACGAAUACAACGACGACAACGAUGAUAUCGAGAAAGACUCCGACGAUUACGGCAAUGACGAUGGUUUUAGCGUCGUCAUGCCGCUGUCCGAAGACGAUGACAAGGCACAAGACAGCGAUGACGACGAUUUCCGUGUCUCCGCUGACGACGAUUCCAACGAAUACAACGACGACAACGAUGAUAUCGAGAAAGACUCCGACGAUUACGGCAAUGACGAUGGUUUUAGCGUCGUCAUGCCGCUGUCCGAAGACGAUGACAAGGCACAAGACAGCGAUGACGACGAUUUCCGUGUCUCCGCUGACGACGAUUCCAACGAAUACAACGACGACAACGAUGAUAUCGACAAAGACUCCGACGAUUACGGCAAUGACUACGGCGACGACGUAAUUAAGCGACGACGACGUCAACGACCACUCUGA